AUGAGUCCAAAGGGAUCCACCAACACGAACGUCUUCAAGACAGUUCCUCCUCGACAGUCUUGGCCGGCAAAAUCGUUGGCUGACCAAACGUUUUGCAGCCCCAAGAAUGCUCAGCUAAAAGCCAAUUUGGACGAGGCACUUGCACGCGCAGCCAUACACGAAGAACAGCACAAAGCUCUGCUUAGCAAGAUAGAUGUAAUUGUAGAACACUCGAUUGCACUUCAAGAACAGAACAGCACUCUUACCGAGGAGCUCCGCAUUGCAAAUGAGCACGUAGAGUUCCUACACAACCAACUCCAGCUUCAGGUACAAGUACCUGGUGCUUCAACCUUCACCACCACCACUCUCCCGCCUACAGAGAUUGCUCCUGUUGAGAAUUUCUCAGUGGAAGCCUCUGCCCAUGGUCCUGUCACCAUCUCCACACCCUCACCCACCACGUUUUUGGCUGCUGCCAAGAAGGCAAUGGGAAAGAGACCCAACCAGCCCAAGCUCACCACUGCUCAAGCUACCCGCGCCCUGCAACCCGAAAGUGAACCAUCUGUGUAUGCAUUUGUAUACCUGCCCUGCUGCCACCACCUCAAGUACUCCCAAGUACGAAAGCUCUUGAAAACAUUCAAGAUCCAACAGUCCCGUGUCUUGGACAUUGCAUUCCCGAAACGUGGCACUCUCUCCCUCCUUAUGCACAACGACUUCAAGGACAAGAUCACCCAGCUCUUCGCAGACAUUGGCGUGUCUGACCACCAACAGCUUGCAUACAAGCUACACUGCCAACGUCUUCUUGCUCUCUGCCUUCGCCUCCCUGCCCCACUGGGCAAAAGUGUCAUGAGGCACUUUUGUAUAGUGGAAAGUAGCUCUCUUCGCCUCCUUUCAGUCUGCCUUGAGCAGUAUCUGGAAGACCGAAACCUUCCAUCUGGCCCCCAAGCCAGUGCCAUUGACACUGCCACUGCUAUGGUUAUAGGAUAA